ACACUUGUCGGCGUCAACUGUCACAAUGUGACAUUUCCCACAUCAACGAACCGAGCCGAACCGAACCGCUCGCCCGAGUAGAAGCGUCCUACAACAAUUUAACAUUAAUUCGCAGUCAAAUAAUGUUGCAUUUUUUAUGCGCAAAUGUCGUCGUUGUCAAGUGCCAGCAGUGAAGCAGAGCAAAGUCGCAGGAUGUGGAUGUGGAUGUGGAUGUGCUGGAUGUGCUCUGAUGGAAAAGGGAUGCAAACAAGCAGUCAGGAGGUCAACCUUCGCCCCUCUACCUGCCUCUACCCAGCCUCAGUACCCGCUACUCAGCCAGGGGUGGGGGAUUGGGCUGACGUACAAAAUGGCACUCUAACGGAUGUAUUAACGCCCCGCGCAUUCGAUGUAUUUUUAAAUAACCUGCAGAGACCCCGAACUCGAACCAGCGACACCAAGCUGCGAUGAUGACGACUACGACGACGACGACGAUGGCAACGAUGCUACUCAAUUGACACAUUGAAUUAGGGAUACGACGCCUUCUGCUGCUCUCUGUGUGUAUACAAAGCGUGUCCGAGACCGAUUCUCACUCAUCUAUUCAAUUGUGGAUGGGUCGCAAAUAGUUCUCAUUGCUGUUCGCCACGCAUUUCAUAGUUUUAAUCUAAUCAUGUGAAACUUUAUUUUGGGACUG